CACAAAACAGAAUAUCUGGGGAAACUGCUCUCCUGGAGAGCAGUGGAAAAAGCAGAGAAAGGAAUCCUAAAGUGAAAGGAAGAAGACCUUCAUGCAAACACAUCUUCCGAAAUUUCAUGAGGAAAAGGCCACUGUUGCCAUAUCCAAAAAUAAAGAUAGCAAAAGGAGAUAUUUGCCUUGGAUAUAUAUAAGACAACAGAACCCUUGGAGAACCACCUUCUGUUUCAUAUUGGCCUUGAGGUGAGGUGUGGACAAUGGGAAGAAAUCUCAGUAACAGGCAAGCUUUGUCUUAUUUUCUAUAUCUGUGCAUGUAUUUAUCAAUAUGUGAGUCCAUCCACUAUUCAGUGCUUGAGGAAAAGAAAGGUGGAUCCCUGGUGGCUAACGUGCUGAAGGAUUUGAAAGUGGAUGUAAGGGAAUUGUCUGUUCGUAGAGCCCAGUUGGUUAGUAAGAGCUCCAAGCAGUAUUUUGAGCUGGAUCUUCAUUCUGGGGAUAUGGUUAUAAAGGAUAAAAUAGAUCGAGAAACUUUGUGUGGUCAGACUGAUCCUUGCAUCUUACUUUCAGAAAUCAUACUAGAAAACCCUCUGCAGUUGUACAGAAUCAAAGUUCAAAUUGAGGAUGUGAAUGACAAUUCCCCCAAAUUCUCUAAAAAACAAUUCUUGUUUGAAAUACCAGAAUUUGUACCUAGAAAUACUCGAUUCCCUGUGGAACUAGCUCAGGAUUUAGACAAAGGAGAAAAUGCUGUUCAGAACUACACACUUAGUCCUAAUGAACAUUUUAGGCUGGAUAUACAGAACCACAGUGAUGGCAGCAAAUAUGCAGAACUAGUAUUGGAAAAGCCAUUAGAUCGUGAGAAGGACCCACAAUUGUUCCUAAUUCUGUCAGCUGUGGAUGGAGGGAUACCAAAGAGAACUGGCACAGCACAAAUAAUCAUUGAUGUUCUAGAUGCCAAUGAUAAUUUCCCUCAGUUUGGACAAUCUGUGUAUCACGUGAAACUUACAGAAAAUAGUAUGGUGGACACACUGGUCACUAAAGUUGAAGCCAGCGAUAGGGAUAUUGGGUCCAAUGCUCAGAUCACUUAUUCAUUCAGCCAGGCAACAGAAAAUGUGUUCAGAGCAUUCAAGCUGAAUAAAGAUACUGGAGAUCUUAGUGUUGCAGGUAGAAUAGAUUAUGAGGAAAACAUUCAUUACGAGAUGAAAAUCAGAGCCACAGAUGGAGGAGGCCUCUCAGCUUACUGCAAAGUCAUUGUGGAAGUUGAGGACAGAAAUGACAAUGCCCCAGAAGUCACCAUCUCAUCCAUCACCACUUCUUUAUCCGAGGACUCUCCCCCAGACACAGUGGUGGCUCUCUUCAGUGUCACAGACCAAGACUCUGGGGAGAAUGGCAGAACGGGCUGCGCCAUCAGCACAAACCUACCCUUUAUAUUAAGAGCCAUAGAGAAUAAUUAUUACCAGUUACUGACCCAACAGCCACUGGACAGAGAAAAAGCCUCAGGGUAUAAUAUCACCAUCACAGCUAGUGACCGAGGCACUCCCAAGCUCACCUCAACAAGAAUUAUUAAUGUUCAAAUCUCAGAUGUCAAUGACAACCCACCAGUAUUUCAGAUGCCAUCCUAUGAAAUGCACUUAUGGGAAAACAAUAUUCCAGGUCUGCUGAUAGGUUCGGUCCAUGCUUAUGACCUGGACACAGAGCAGAAUGCCAAAGUGACAUACUCGCUUCUGCCUGGAAAGGUGGGUGAUGUCCCUGCAUCUUCUUACAUCUCCAUCAACUCUGAAACUGGGAACCUCUAUGUCCUCCGAUCUCUGGAUUAUGAGGAGAUAAAAGAGUUUCAAGCAACUGUGAGGGCCGAAGAUUGUGGCUCCCCUCCACUGAACUCAGAAGUGUUUGUCCGAAUUCUGAUUGUGGAUGAAAAUGACAAUGCCCCCUUCAUCCUCUAUCCCCUCCAGAACAGCACCUCCCCAUCCAAUGACUUGGCUCCCCGGGGGUCUGAGGCAGGCUACCUGGUCACCAAAGUGGUGGCAGUGGACAGAGAUUCCGGUCAGAACUCUUGGCUUUCCUAUGAACUGCUGAAGGCCACAGAACCAGGUCUCUUCACUGUGGGGGCCCAGAAUGGAGAAGUGAAAACCAUGAGGCCAGUUAAUAAACGAGACACCUUCAAACAGAAGCUGGUUGUGGUUGUCCAAGAUCAUGGACACCCUGUCCAGUCCACCUCUGCAACCCUCAGUAUUCUUCUGGUGGAAGGCUUUUCUGACCCUUUCAUGAAAAUUAUAGAAAUUCCUAAGGAUGAAGUAGUAGAAGAGGAAGACCGAAGUCUGACUAUGUAUCUAAUCAUAUGCUUGGCAGCCAUCUCAUUUAUUUUCCUGCUUUCUCUAGUAGCAUUUAUCGCUAUCAAGAUUCAGAAACAACGGAAGUUCAUGGGAAACUUUAACUCUGCAAUUAAUUUCCCUGUGGGACCUAAUUUCCAGGACAAUAAUGCGGAUUCCAGUACUGGACCACAUUCCCAGGCUUACAACUAUGAGGUGUGCUUAACGGGUGGGUCUCUGAACAGUGAGUUCAGGUUUCUCAGGCCUCUGUUUCCUGUGUUUUCUGUGGAGCCUCCUAACCCCGAGGUGAAUCCAAUAAAUUCAGCUGGCUGUUCCCAAGAACUCUUCAGUCAUUCAGAGGAAAAUCAAUCUACCAGCCAGGCCAGAGCAUCAGUCUCUGAAGAUUCAGCUCCCAGAUCUGGAGGCCCGGGUUGCACUGUUAAUCAGGCAACAGGUGCAAUUGUCAACUCUGGUCAAAAUGACUGGCUUUCCUAUCAAUAGAUGAGGAUAACCAACUCUGCCUAUCGUUCUAACUCUGUAGGACAAAUUACCAAGAAACGAAGCAUCAUGUAAAAACUGAAUUCCCAGCUCAAAAGCAAUGGAGCUUUCUCGGACUAAAACAAAAGACAUCAGGCAUCUGAAAGUUUUCCUCUGCAAGCCAAGUCCUCUUGCUCAGCUUCCAUACAUGUCAAUAGAGCUUUUGCAGCACUGGAGCAUACAGAUGGCUUGUGCCCAUACAGUUGUCUGGUGUACCACUGCUUAUUUUUUUCUGCUUUGUAGGAUGUUAAAAUAGACUGCUGCUUUUUUGAUCUAGUUGUUAAGAAAACAUAGGAGACCCUGUUGCAUGCUUUCUUGCAAUUCUUCCGAAUCCUAAAUUUAUGAUUGAUUCUGAGAAUGUUGCUGCUUUUCUUAAGUUAUUUUCAAUGGUUAUAGCAAUCUCUUAGAAAUUCCAUUCACUGAAGAAGAACCAGUGCACAAAGACAGUGAUGACAUUGUUGCUAGUAUCCUGUACCUCCUUGAAAGUGUUGGCAAGCCAAGUGAAUGGGUAUAGAUAUUAAGAAUAAAAAAGCAUGACCACAAUCCACUGGGAAGUUCCCUUAGACAAGCCCCACUGAAAGAAAUGGGAGCUGUUCAAGAGAAUCGUAGUUCUCUCAUUCAUUUCAAUAUGGUUUGUAUAGAACAAUUUCUUAAUUGAGUGUAUACAUAAUUUCCUAGUCAUAUUUAGAGUUUGUGUGUGCACUUUUCUAAGUGCUUGAUUCUGUUUUCGCCUAUGAAAGAAGUGCUAGCCACUUCUUUCUCGUAGUAUCUACACACUGCGCACACACACAUUCACUGAAAUUUAACUCUUCCUCUUUUCCUGUGAUUGACACCAAAUGUGUAACUCACACUAAGAAAAAUGUUGCAAGCUAAUCAAUACUUCUUUACAGUGAUUCAAGAACAAUAAAGGAUGCUGAAUUUGAAAAGGACAUUUUGCCCAACUAUAUAUGACAUGUUCAAGAGGGCAGAAGAAGUUACUCUCAGCCAUAUCCUUUGAAGCUAUCUUUUAAUGCGGGUUCACUUAUGGUGUUUGGCAAUAUUCCGAUGGUAACUAAAUUGGAUUUAACACCAAACUGAUGCUGAUCUCUAGCAGCAUAAAGGACUGUAAACUGAACUGUAAACCUUUGGUAAAGCAUUACUGUAAACUCACCUGUAAAAACAAAUUAUGGAUUAUAUGAGAAUGUGCUUUCACAGUUAUGGCCAUGUGGUUGUGUGGUAUGGAAUAGAGGUUUUUUGUUAUUUGUUAUUUUGUAAACCUUUGUAUUUAGGGAAUUAUACUAUAUUCAGAUAAUGGUGAAAAUUCACAAUGGUAACACAUUUUGAGAUCUAUGAAUAAAAGAGAAUAGCAAGUAGUAUUAUAAUCAAAUAUUGGUUUAAAGCUUAGGUAUUAAUGAGUGCAAUGCACAACCAACUGGAAUAAACAGGAAAAUAUACUGGGCAGGAUCCAGAUCAAGUCCCAUUAAAAUUAAUGACAAUAAACUAAAUUGUCUUAUCCAUUUCAGCGGUGGUCAGUCAAGACCAACUUAGUCUGGAUCUUGUCCACUGAUUUUAAAGAAAGACCAGGGCAAGGUAACACAUAGCUUUAUAGUAUUUUAAGGUCUGGAAAAUGCUUUCUUUUUAUGUGGUCAUCUUUUUGUUAUGAGAAGGUAGAAGAAAUACUUUACUGUGUACUUUUCAAUAUUGUUUGUGAGAUUUUAAUAUCAUGUUAUGAUGUUCAUUAGAUAAUAAAAACACUUUCUAAAAACUGUAAA